CUGAUGGUGACCCUGGUCACGUCUCAUUGUACAGAAACCCCACCCACUCCCCACAUGUCACACUCUCUUUGGGACCAGUGAAACGCACUUAUGUGUCUCUUUGGGCCCCCUCAGCUAUGGAGCAACUGACUGUAGAAUCCCUAGAGACCCCAGUCACGAUUUUCUCUGGCGACAACUCCCCACAACUCUCUGUUACCUCUAAAGCCACCAUAUUUUGGCCAUCCUCUCUGAGAAGAAGACAUGUAAGCCUGUCUAACAUCAAUGCUCCCUUCCAACAAAUCUGGACCCGUUUACCAAGAAAAUUUAAUUGCACAAAAUCAUAAUGGCAAAGGGGUUAUGACUUGUAGGAUGCAUCUUUUUCCUGGGGAAUGUGAUUUUCCUCUGCACACUCUGCUUCCUUACCAGAAGCCAGUUAUCAUUACAUAGCAAGGCACAGCAGGAAGUGAGAAGAGCCUAGUUCCACUGGUUCUACAACAAAGAACCACGUACUGUCAAACUUGCUCGUAAUGUCACGUACAUAAUAUGAGUGUAACAACGCAACUGUAAGAGCAGUCCCUUCCUCUUAAAUAGAAACCAUAAUACUAAGAGUCCACAUGACUCUAUCACAAGGGCCACAGGGCCAUAAAACCAUGAUGGUCUCUUUAUCCACAGUCAUAGGAAGUGGUUUGAGGCUGACAGAAGAGCAGGAAAAGAGGAUGACCUAUCUCUGACUCCUAACAGGACAGGUGCUGAGCGAUGGGAUUGGGUUCACGUUUGGUGCAGGAACAACCUGGAUUCCCAUGUGAGGACACACAGGCAGCAGAGAAUUUAUAGGAGGAGCUGAGGGUGUGACUGUGCAUGUGCCGAGAGCUUUAUAUGCAGCAUCAAUGACUGGAAGCGGCACAAUAUCACACUCACUGGUUUGAAUAUUGGGAGCAAGACUGAGCUAAAGAGACAGCUUCACAUAGUAGAGAGUCACAGUAACCUCCAGGCCACAGAAGAAGACCGUCAGGACACCUACAUGAUGCUAUAGGACACCCUGGAAAAUCAGACUGUGGGCAAUUAGCUGUGAGUGACCAAUAUGGACGCUACCCAAGGGAUACGCAUUGUUAUUACUGCGGCUGUGCUGGGCUGGUGCAUAGGGAUCCACCAAUCAGCAGCAGCAAUAGUGUGUGGAAGGCAAGGCCUGCAAAACCGUAUUUUUGGUGGCAGUGACUCCUAUCCCGGAGAAUGGCCGUGGUACGCAAUACUGAAUUAUCAGGGGAAGCCAUACUGCGGAGGAAGUCUUAUUUCAAACGACUACAUCAUCACCGCCGCCCACUGCUUUGAUGGGGACUUGUCUUUAAGGACCCCGGAAUCCUGGACUAUACAGCUGGGAAGUUCUAGAGCAGGAGGUCCCCCAGAGAUAUCAGCGCUCAACCUGAAGGCAUCUCAGAUCCUGUUGCAUGAAGACUACAUAGACUUCUUGGAUGGUCAUGACCUAGCUUUGAUCAAACUGGCAAAACCAGUGAAGUUCACAAAUUUCAUCUCCCCCGUUUGCCUCCCAGAGAUAAAUCAUAGGUUUCGGUUGCGCAAAUCCUGCUGGGCACUUGGACUCCAAGACGUGGCUCCAGGAGUGCCCCUGGACAACAAGAGGUCUCUACAGAAUGUGGCUCAGACCCUGAUCGGGCACAAGACAUGCAACUGUAUCUACAAUUCCCAUGGCAGAGAAGAGCUAACCAAUGCCACCUUGCCCAGCAUGUUGUGUGCAGCAGAGAGUGAUGGAGAGAAAGGGCCCUGCCUGGGUGAUUCUGGAGGACCAGUGGUAUGUAAAGAAGAUGGAGCCUGGUUCCUUGCUGGUGUCAUCAGCUUUUCCCAAGGGUGUCACUUGCGUGAUAGUCCAACAGUUCUCACUGCCGUGUCCUUGUACCAGGACUGGAUUAAGCAGAAGGUUGGCUCUAAAGCCUCCUUUUCUCCGCAGACCAUUGAUGUGACAGAUGAUGUGGACACAGAUAGUUGCACGGAUCUCCUCAGCACCAGAAACCCAGGCUGUGGGAUAAUUGAAAUAGAAGGUUCUGGUCCCAGCAGUCCUGGAGUCUGGCCAUGGCAGGUGGAUCUGCACAAAGAUGGCCGCAGGAUGUGUGGCGGGGCUCUUAUCUCUGCCAACUGGGUGGUCACAGCAGCGCACUGCUUCACAGGCACCCUCUCUCCAGACUCUCCUUUUGAUUGGUCAGUGGUGUUGUCCCCUGGAACCCCUGCCAUGAAGGAAAUACCUGUGCAAAAGAUCAACCUGCAUGGGGCCUACAUCUCCAUGGAGAACGGGAAAGAUAUUGCCCUCCUUCAGCUGACCCGACCUGCUUCUUUUGGUCCCUAUACCCUUCCAAUCUGCCUGCCCCGUGCCUCUCACCGACUACUCUAUGGCUCUACUUGUUGGCACACAGGCUGGGAUGGUCCCCACCCAGAUGGAAAGAUGGGACCCCCGCAUGGAGUAUCAAUGGAGCUGAUUGGUCCAAACAAGUGUAACUGUAUCUACAGUCAACCAGGCACAACCAAUCAGAGUGUCUCUGUCCUACCUGGGAUGCUCUGUGCCACACAGCAGGAGGGCCAGUGUUUGAGCGAUUCUGGGGGGCCCUUGGUGUGUAAAGAGAAGGGGACAUGGUUCCUGAUGGGGGUGCAGAGCUUUGGAGGAAGCUGCCAGGAGAGAAGAGAGAAGAUGGGCUCAUUGCCUGGGGUUUACACAAAGCUCAGUGAUUAUGAAGACUGGAUAUCUACAAUCACACGGGACGCCUUCUUCAACCUUCAGAUAGAGACGCCCCCCCAAGAGCUCGACACCCAGAGAUGCUCUGAGGACUCUCCCAGAGGCUGUGGAAAUUCCGUGGCCUCGCCUAGUCUUCUGCUCACCAAUGAAGCCACAGAUGUGGUCUGGCCAUGGCAGGUUAGUAUCCAGCAGUAUGGAUUCCACAUCUGUUCUGGGGUACUUAUCACUGAAACCUGGGUCCUCACUGCAGCUCAUUGUAUAUCCAGUAUUGUACCUCCAAGUGAAUACUCUGUGCAUCUGGGCAAGCAUCAUCAAGAUGGGCACAACCCUCAUCAGCUGACACGCAUGGUCAAGCGGGUGGUGUUGCACCCUGGUCAUGGGAGUACAGCAGGAGAUAAUGAUUUGGCCUUGUUGGAGACCUACUAUGGUGUCACUUACAACGACUACAUCCAACCCAUCUGCCCUCCUCCGCCUGACUUUACCCAAUCCCAAGUCACAAAAUGCAGGGUCACUGGGUGGGGGGAGCUUCAGAGCCAUGGUGACCCUUCUUCUGCCCCUCUAAAAGGGCUGCAAGUGUCUCUAUUGGACCCUAAGGAGUGCGGGACUAAGAUGAGCAAGAGAAACCCAAUAAGGGGAACACUAUUGUGUGCAGCAGGGAAGAACGGGAGGAAAUUUGCCUGUCUGAGUGAUUCAGGGGCGCCACUUGUGUGCCAGCUUCAGACUAAGGGGCCUUGGAUGCUUUUUGGGAUCAGCAGUUCCAGUGCAAAACCCCAGCAACCUGUGUGUCCUGGUAACUUUACAGCAGUGACUUCCAAGCUGUCCUGGAUCCGAGAGGUGAUCCCACCAAAAGAUAUGGACGCCUACUGGAGAAAAUGACUCCAUAACUUUGCCACAACCAGAAUGAGCCCAAGUGUGUCACAAUGGAAGGUUCCCAACACCAAGAAGAGAACAUAAUGGCAUUUUGACCUUAUGGUGCAGACGUCUACAAGAAGUGACUCUACCAGGACUUCUGUAGAUAAACCUCUCAUCCCAUAUGGUGGAAUAGGAAAGUACUCUUACUCCAUGUUGUUCUGAAGCUGCUCUUGUACAUAUGAGAUGAGACAGACCACAACAUGGAGUCAGUAAUUAAUUUACCCACUUUGGAACCACCACACAACACAACUGAAAUACCUCAAUUCUGAGCUGCAAGAAGGACCUAGACACCAUCAGUUCUUCUCUAAUCAUUUCAUUUCAUAAUCAUUAAAGGAACAGUAUAAAAGUGAUAGUCUCUAAGCAUCUGGAACAUGGACACAUUUCUCUGCUGGACUAGGGAUAAUGUACCCCCUACUGUAAAUGAUAAGGAUAUUAGAAGUCACUGAGGAUACAGGGAACUCUGAGUAUCACUCAUGUAUUAUAAGGGAUAAU